AAGGACUACAAAUAAUGGGCUCUCGCUUUAAGUAAAACCGCCUAGUUUUGUUCCUACCGCCGUGAUGCUCGGGUCUUCUAACACUACAGUAAAGUUCCCCAGACGGUACAGGCCUAUUGAAAAUUAUUCAGAAAACUUGGCUUCAGGGUUCCGCAAAUGGACAAAGGACAGUCACCGAGUCAUCCGGCUGCAGUGAAGGAUUUACAGUUAAUGAGAGUAGUGGGUAAAGAGUAAAUCCCUCUGGCCUCUACUCCGAAUCUCGCCAUUGGCUGAAAGUUUCCGUCCGUUUUUUUUUCUUCCACAGCAUUGAAUAUAAAAGCCUGCAAACUGGAAACUUCAUUUCACUGCAAAUAAGCGGGAUUUCUAUAAGGAUUUAUUACACCACCAGCUACGCAGUACCACCACGCUUUCCCGUCACGUUUGCGUUUAAUUUAUUACCUUUCAUUAUUAUUUCGUCCUGCUCAGGACUCUCACCUCCUUAACGCGCAUCCAAAGCAACUAUUUCCCCAUGGCUCGCGGCUGCAUACGGUUCAGCGGCUUCAUGGUCAGCUGCCUCGGCUGGGUCGGCAUCAUCAUCGCCACCGCCACCGGUGACUGGGUACUCACCUGCAAGUACGACAUGCACACCUGCCGGCGGAUGGACGAGCUGCGCACCCGGGGACUCUGGGUGGACUGUGUCAUCUCCACGGCGCUGUACCACUGCGUCGCGCUAAACCAAAUCCUCGCCCUGCCAGCCUACGUGCAGGCGUGCCGCACGCUGAUGGUCGUCGCGUGCUUCGUCGGGCUGCCAGCCGUCGCCCUCGCGCUGGCGGCGAUGCCCUGUGUCACGCUGGGUGCCGAGUCCGACGGGGCCAAGCGGCGCCGGGCGGUGCUGGGGGGGGUCCUCACCCUCACAAUGGCACUGUGUGGCAUGGUGUCCACCGUGUGGUUCCCCGUGGGAGCGCACCAGGAACAGGAGAUCAUGUCCUUUGGCUUCUCCCUGUACACCGGCUGGGUGGGCUCCGGCCUCUGCCUGGUGGGUGGCGCCAUGGUCACCUGCUGCCAUGGCGAUCUCAUCCGCCAACCGGAGCAGCGCUUCUACUACUCCAAGCCGGCGGCCACCAUCACCACUGGCCCCCCCUCGGGGAACCACGCCAAGAGCGUGCAUGUCUGAGGGGGGCAGAUACAUCCCCCCACCCCUACUAAGAGAUUUCUCAAUGGGAAAAAAAAAUGGACAACAAAACAAGAACACAGGAGUGCCCCCUAUAUCUCAUUUACAAUAUAGGAACAUUAGACUCUGUGCAUUGCAUGGGUCACAAGACCACAUGGUCAUGUUUACUAGUCAGCAAAUGAGAGGCAUCCCUGCUCAGCAUUACAACCACCCCCCCCCCUAAUUUUCCACAAGUUCCUCGUUAUUUAUUUCACCACCCAGCUUAAUGCUUCUGUCAUUUACCGAGACGGGGACGCUCUCCUCUCGACCCAGUGACAUCAGGAGGAUUUUCCUGGAUGGGGGGGUGGUGACAUUUUUUUUAAUGAGUCAUUGUAUAUACAGUCAUUACUGGUAACCGAUACUUAUUAAGCUUUUUCUCUUUUGUCUUAAUAAACAUGACAGAUUAUACUGUAGGAAAAGGGGCCUCUCUGAGAGUCUGCCACACUAAUGGCUACUCCCCCUGCUGCUAAACCCAUAACAUUACUGCCCUCAUGUCUAGACUGCUCCAACCACAUGGCAUAUACUGAAACAUAAUUGCGAAAAAUCAACAAUUUUUAACAUGUCAAGUUCUGCCUUUCCUCUGGAAAUACCCUGAGAGGGGGGAACCCAAGGUCUUCAAAUUGUUCUGUACAGAGACCAGCUUGGAUGAUGUCACUUCCUGAGCUGUGCAUCUGGCUGCAGGUGUGUUUCAGCCAUCUGGGAAGGCAUGGCCUUUGGCUGCCUACCCAGUAUGUUUAGCUACUGGGGAUUAUGACAGGUGGGGCUGCCCAUUGUUAAGAUCACCUUAAUCUCUUCAUGCCACGAGAAAUAAAAUAUUUACCAAG